CGCCGAGAAGAGAGGCCUCUCUCUCCGCAGACGGGGAUGGACCAGUCGGGCCCGGUCCAGGAGGCGCUGGCGCCUGGAGAGCGCUGCCUGGCCGCGGCGGGGGGCACCCUGUUGAGCGGGGAGGGCCGCCUCCUGGCCCUGGUCGAGAGCCACGGAAAGGCCGCGCUCUGCGUCUACGUCCCGCGCCGGAGGAUGGCCAUCGCCGCCGAAGACCUCCGGCUGGAGAGCGUCCUCCUGGUCCGGGAAGGCUUCGCCCUGGAGGAAGUCCCCCCGGAGGACGAGACCCCCGUCCUGGGGUCGGACGUGAGGGUCCGGAUCUCGGCGCCGGAGGCCACGCUGCUCCUCCUUCUGCCCUUCGGCUCCCAGACGCAGGCCUUCCUGGGCGAGGUCAGGAGGCGCUGCUCCGGCGGAGGCGGCGGGACAGGAGUGGCCAGGGAUGGGGAGCCCAAGGGGAAGCCCCCGGGGGGCCCCGCCACAGACACAGGGGCCUCCGCCGCCGCCAGGGGCGCCAAGGCCAGCAGGGCCCCGCAGGUGAGCCGCCAGGCGGUGCGCUCCUGCCAGGUGUUGGCGUCGGAGGAGACGCGGGCGGCCCCCAUCCAGGCCUUCGGGCUGAGAGAGACCCUGAUCCGCUCCCAGCUCUUGCAGAAGGAGGAUGCCUACACCCGCCUCCAGACCCACACGUUUUUUGUUGGCUCCUACAAUGUGAAUGGCCAGUCCCCCAGAGAGAGCCUCCGGCCCUGGCUGAGCCAAGACACCCAGCCCCCCGACGUCUACUGUGUAGGCUUCCAGGAGCUGGACCUCAGCAAGGAAGCCUUCUUCUUCAAUGACACCCCUAAAGAGGAGGAGUGGUUCAGGGCUGUGACGGAGAGCCUUCACCCGGGGGCCAAAUACGCCAAGAUCAAACUCGUCCGGCUGGUGGGGAUCCUGCUGCUGCUCUAUGUGAGGGCAGAGCUGGCAGCAAGCAUCUCUGAGGUGGAGGCCGAGACAGUUGGCACAGGCAUCAUGGGGCGCAUGGGCAACAAAGGCGGCGUGGGCAUCCGCUUCAAACUCCACAACACCACCAUCUGCCUGGUGAAUGCCCACCUGGCGGCCCACGCGGAGGAGUGUGAGCGGCGCAACCAAGAUGUCCGAGACAUCUGUGCCCGCAUGCACUUUGUCCAGCUGGGGCCCGGCCUCCCCGCCCUCACCAUCGCCAAGCACGAUGUGGUCUUGUGGCUGGGGGACUUGAACUACAGGCUGGAGGAGCAGGACGUGGAGCAGGUGAAGAAGCUGGUGGAAGCCGGGGACUUCCGCACUCUCCAGCAGCACGACCAGCUGAGGCGUCAGAUGGAGGCAAAGGUGGUAUUUGAAGGCUUUACAGAGGGAGAGGUUACCUUCCAGCCCACGUACAAAUACAACCCAGGUUCCGAUGAUUGGGAUACCAGCGAGAAGUGCCGCAUCCCAGCCUGGUGUGACCGGAUCCUCUUCAAAGGGAGGAACAUCUCCCAGAGGAGCUACCGAAGCCAUGUAACUCUGAGGAGCAGCGACCACAAGCCAGUCAGCGCCCUCUUUGACGUCGGGGUGAAGGUGGUGGACGAGGAGCUUCACCGUCGAGUCUUUGAGGACAUUGUGCGCUCUGUGGACAAGAUGGAGAAUGCCAACAUCCCCUCCGUCUCCCUCUCCAAGAGGGAGUUCGUUUUCAAGGAUGUGAAGUACAUGCAGCUCCAGGUGGAGGUCUUUUCCAUCUGCAACGGACCAGUCCCCUGCCAAUUUGAGUUCAUCAACAAACUAGACGAAGAGGCCUACUGCAAGCCAUGGCUGACGGCAAACCCCAGCAAGGGCUUCCUCUUGCCAGACACUGCAGUGACGGUUGAAUUGGAGCUCUUUGUGAACAAAUCAACAGCCACGGCCUUGAACUCUGGAGAGGACCGGCUGGAGGACAUCCUGGUGCUGCAUCUUGAUCGGGGCAAGGACUAUUUCCUGUCUGUCUCUGGAAACUACCUGCCCAGCUGCUUUGGUGCCUCCCUGCAGGCACUCUCUUACAUGAGGGAGCCCAUCCAGGAGAUUUCGCCCGAAGCCAUCCGGGAUCUGAGCUUGCGGCCGUUGCAGCCAGAAUACAACGAUGCCUGUUGGGACGAGAAGCCCCUGGACAUCCCAAAGGAGCUGUGGAUGAUGGUGGACCACCUCUACCGCAAUGCUUCCCAACAGGAGGACCUGUUCCAGCAGCCUGGCCUGCGGGCCGAAUUUGAACAGAUCCGCGAUUGCCUGGACACAGGGACACUGGACACACUUGUGGGCAGCAACCAUUCGGUGGCUGAAGCACUGCUCCUCUUCCUGGAGAGCCUCCCUGAGCCGGUCAUCUGCUACAGCCUCUACGACAGCUGCUUGGAGUGCGCUGACAGCUACGUUCUGAGUAGGCAGGUGGCCUCCACCCUCCCCAGGUGCCACAGGAAUGUCUUCAGCUACCUGACGGCUUUUCUGCGGGAGCUGCUCCGACAUUCUGGGAAAAACCACUUGGAUGUGAAUAUUUUGGCCAGCAUCUUCGGGGGCCUCCUGCUGCGCCCUCCUCCUGGGCAUCCCCAGCCGGGCAUUGCAGAGAAGCGGAAGGCCCAGUGGUUCAUCCGGCAGUUCCUCCUCAGGGAAGAAGGCGCCCUGUGAAGAGAGCUCACAAUGGCGAUGGGAACAAGCAGGCCUUCUGCGAGCAGAGUUUUGUAUACGCAGAGUAUUAGAGCUGUCAGUAUUUUAAAAAUAUUUUUAUGUCCAGAGAAGCACAAGGCCUCCUCAGCCGCAGCACUGUGGCAUUAUAAAGCACAUUAGUUUUGUCGUGAACUUUUGUAAUAAACUGUCCUGCGCAA